AUGCCCUCACAAUCAAAUCUGAGAGCUGCUCAGGCCGUUGUUCUUUCACGCCAGCGACUUCGCCGCGGUCUCAAUCGUGAUGCUGCCGGCCGCCGAAAGAAGCCACUGACUCUUCGUGCUGCUGAAGCUCGAUAUGCCGGCUCUGCUCGUGCAUCUAUCGGCCGCAUCGUCAAGAGACUUGAGGCUGCGAAUACCGUAGAUUAUGAGGAUGUUGUCGAUCCUAAGAUGGGGCGCCCGCGGCAACUCACGGAUGAGGAAGAAGAAGCUAUCGUGUGUUAUAUCAUCUGGAUGGAAAAGUCAGGCCUGCCUGCCUCCAAGUGGGAAAUAGAAGAUGCAGCACUUACUCUGCGGCGCCGCCGUGAUCCUGAUGCGAGACCUGUGAGCAAGAUGUGGUACUCUCGCUUCCGCGAUGAUCAUCCUGAGCUUGCGAAAUCGAUAUUGAAGUCGAGAGAAGCUUCGCGUGCCGAAUAUGAGGAAGGCGGCGUUGAUGAUACGAAGGAGUGGUUCCAACGCCUCAGCGAUGUGAUGACGAAGUACAAUAUCGGUGCAUCAGAGACCUGGAAUGCAGAUGAAGCAGGAGUUAGAGUCGGAAUGCUACGAGAUAAGAUGGAAUGCCUCGUUGUACGCACCAAGAAGAAGUCAGCAACAGAGUCGUUGCCAACGCUUGAGUGGGCGUUCAUUGAAGGCGAUCCUGAUAUGCGCUUCGCUCAGUCAGACUCGGCAUUCUCAAGUGCGGCGAUAACGCUCGAGUGGGCGAAGCACUUCAACCGAUGCUCGUGGGAGAAAUCUGCUACUGAUACAAAUAACCGCUUGGUUACUCACGAUAUGCCUCCCGCGGCGAGGCCUGAUGAUGAGGCUGUAUGGCGGCUGCUCGUUAUCGACGGCUUCACAGGCCACGGCUCAUUCGAAUUACGAGAAUAUAUGAUAAAGUUCAAUAUUCUCGUAGCAUUUCUUCCGCCUCAUUCAACGCAUAUACUCCAGCCGAUGGAUAAGAAGCUUCGUGAGGCGUUGCGGAAGGGAAAUCUUACCUUUGGCCGGCGUGCCUUUGCAGGAGCUUUUCAGGAGAUCUUUAAUGAAGGCUUCACUGCCGCUCACAUCAUCUCGGGCUUCCAAAAACGGGCAUCUACCCUCCCACAGACCGACCUGCCAUAG